UCACCUCUUCUUUUCUCAUAUCAUCAAUCGAAACCCUAUCUUCUUCAACAGCUACCGGAAAGCCUUUUCUUUUCCGUUGAUCAGUCUCCAAUAUGCAGAUCUUCGUCAAGACCCUCACAGGCAAGACCAUAACUCUCGAGGUCGAGAGCUCCGAUACAAUCGAUAAUGUCAAGGCCAAGAUUCAAGAUAAGGAGGGAAUUCCCCCCGACCAACAGAGGUUGAUCUUCGCCGGCAAGCAGCUUGAAGACGGCCGUACCCUGGCUGACUAUAACAUCCAGAAGGAGUCUACUCUUCAUCUUGUCCUCCGUCUUCGGGGUGGCAUGCAGAUCUUUGUUAAGACUCUCACCGGCAAGACCAUAACUCUUGAGGUCGAGAGCUCUGACACAAUUGACAACGUUAAGGCCAAGAUCCAAGAUAAGGAAGGGAUUCCUCCUGACCAGCAGAGGCUGAUCUUUGCCGGAAAGCAAUUGGAGGAUGGAAGGACCUUAGCUGACUACAAUAUUCAGAAAGAAUCUACUCUGCAUCUGGUUCUCCGAUUGAGGGGAGGUAUGCAGAUCUUCGUCAAGACUCUGACUGGUAAGACUAUAACCCUAGAGGUUGAGAGCUCUGAUACCAUCGACAACGUUAAGGCCAAGAUUCAGGACAAGGAAGGCAUCCCUCCUGACCAGCAGAGGUUGAUCUUUGCCGGAAAGCAGCUGGAAGAUGGUCGGACGCUAGCAGAUUAUAACAUACAGAAGGAAUCCACCUUGCAUCUCGUUCUCCGAUUGAGGGGAGGAAUGCAGAUCUUUGUAAAAACCCUCACCGGAAAGACGAUAACCCUGGAAGUCGAAAGCUCGGAUACAAUCGAUAACGUCAAAGCCAAGAUUCAAGAUAAGGAAGGUAUCCCACCAGAUCAACAACGAUUGAUCUUUGCUGGGAAGCAGCUGGAGGAUGGAAGGACCCUCGCUGAUUAUAACAUCCAAAAGGAGUCAACCCUUCAUCUGGUUCUGAGGCUUCGUGGGGGUAUGCAGAUAUUUGUGAAGACCUUGACUGGGAAGACUAUCACUCUGGAGGUUGAGAGUUCUGAUACAAUUGACAAUGUGAAGGCAAAAAUCCAAGACAAGGAAGGAAUUCCACCGGAUCAGCAAAGGCUUAUCUUUGCAGGAAAGCAGCUAGAGGAUGGGAGGACCCUCGCGGAUUAUAACAUCCAGAAGGAGUCCACUCUCCACCUUGUGCUCCGUCUUCGCGGUGGCGAUUGCUGAAUUAAAGUUUGCUGCUUUGAUCUGUGUGUCUGGGUGUUUGGUUUCUAGCAUUUCGUAUCAAAUUUCUGAACUUUCCUGCUUUCCUAAUAAUAUUAAGUAGUAUUGUAGUAUGAUAUGUCGUAUGAGUUCUAUUAAUAAAUAAAGUCCGUUUAUUAUAAGCAAA